UCACGCCGCUUAAAAAAGCCGUCCACAGACCGAUCCCCUACUUUCACCUCCCCGAAAUAAACUAUCAUGGGUCGCCGUCCCGCUCGCUGCUACCGCUACUGCAAGAACAAGCCGUACCCCAAGAGUCGGUACAACCGUGGUGUCCCCGAUCCCAAGAUUCGUAUCUUCGAUCUUGGACGCAAGCGUGCCUCUGUCGACGAGUUCCCCUUCUGCUGCCAUCUUGUCUCUGAUGAGUACGAGCAAUUGAGUUCGGAGGCUCUCGAAGCCGCUCGUAUUUGCGCCAACAGGUACGCUGGCCUCGGUCUCACCCACCUUUGUUGACUCAAUUCUGGGCCCUCUAGUACGUGACCAAGACGUCCGGCAAAGACUCUUUCCACCUGCGUGUCCGUGUCCACCCCUUCCACGUCAUCCGAAUCAACAAGAUGUUGUCUUGCGCCGGUGCCGAUCGGCUGCAACAGGGCAUGCGUGGUGCCUGGGGAAGCCCUACGGCAGUGUCGCACGAGUGAACAUUGGCCAGGUCCUCCUCUCCAUCCGGUGUAAGGAGGCCAACGCGCCCAUCGUCAUGGAGGCGCUGCGCCGUGCCCGGUACAAGUUCCCCGGCCGCCAAAAGAUCAUCGUCUCCAAGAAGUGGGGAUUCACGAAUGUCAACAAGGCGGACUACAUUAAGCUGAAGGAGGAGAAGAAGGUGUUGCAGGAUGGUGCCUACGUACAGUUCAUCAGGCCCAAGGGCCCUCUCGAGACCAACUUGCGCAACCAGCUCCGUGCAUGAUUGUAUCAGUAGUCCUAUGAUGUUCACCGUGCUCGUUCUGUUUCCUGUGUGAUUUAAGGUUCUUCUCGUUCUCUCUUCUUUCCCUUUUCAUUCUCACUCUCAUAACCGCCCUCUUAUUCACUACUCCACCUCGAUCAAUGGGUGGUGCGAGGGGAACGGGGGCGAAUAUCUAUCUUGCAUUCAAAUCCGGAGAUCUUAACUACUACUUGUCUCCUUGUUCGCGGGUUUGCUGUCCAGCUAGUGCGCGGCGGUUUUGUCUACAUACAUAUCCAGUUUCGAAUCGUAUUCUCGCUUUCUAAGUUUAA